AUGUCCAAUCUUUCGUGUCUUCUCUACGAUCCUCAUGAUGCUAGAUUUGAGAAUCGGGAAAUGCCUAGUAUAACAGAUCCUUGCGAUGUGAUCAUUAGGAUCGCUUAUGUUGGUGUCUGUGGUAGCGAUGUUCACUUCUGGCACCACGGCGGAGUCGGUCUAAAGGUCUCUCCCACGAACCCUUUGACGAUGGGUCACGAAGCUUCGGGGACGGUCCACAGCAUUGGCUCUGCGGUGACCAAUCUCUCACCUGGCGACAACGUCUGCAUCGAACCUGGACUCCCCUGCUCUCGCUGCAAGUCAUGCAAAUCUGGUCGCUAUAACUUGUGUCCCGAAAUGGCAUUUGCUGCUUCCCCUGGACCUGGCCCUGCUACGCAUGGGUGCUUGUGUGCUUACUAUAAACUUACGGAAGCUUUUGUUUACAAGCUACCAGCAAGUGUGAGCUUGGAAGAGGGCGUGCUCGUGGAGCCUUUGUCUGUUGCUGUGCACUCAAUCAGAUUGGCAGAUGUCAAACCUGGGCACAGAGUUGUGGUGUUUGGAGCGGGUCCAGUAGGCAUCUUGUGUGCUGCUGUGGCUCGUCAAUUCGGUGCUGCAGAGGUCAUCUCUGUUGACAUGAAUGCGACAAGACUGGAAUUUGUCAAAGAGUUCGCUGCUACUGGUGUAUUCACGCCAAAUGCGAAGGCUGAUGGAGAGAUCAAUGCUGCAGCAAUCGUUGAGGGAUUCCAUCUCGAUCGUGGAGCUGACAUAGUCAUUGAAGUCUCAGGCGCCGAGCCUUGUAUUCAGAUGGGCAUUCAGGUACUGGCACCAGGUGGCACAUUUGUACAAACAGGAUGUGGGAAGCCAAAUAUCCUGAUACCGAUGACCAAACUUGGUGAAAAAGAAGCAGUCGUCAAAGGAUGCUUCAGAUAUGGACCUGGUGAUUUUGAAUUGGCCAUUGGCCUCCUGAGGGACGGCAAGAUUGAUGUGAAGAAGUUGAUCUCCAGGACUGUUUCGUUUGAGGAGGCGCCGGAUGCUUGGGAGAGUGUAGGCAGGGGUGAAGGAAUCAAGACACUCAUACGUGGUGUGCAAGAUUGA